AUGCCUAGAUUCGGUGUCGCGUUCAACAGGCGGAAGUCAACCGCAACCCCGGAAGAUUUACAGCAUGGCUCAGUGACACCGGAGCAAUCAUCUUUCCGAGUCAUUGAGCGAAACGACCCCUCUCUCGGCAAGUCGUUUGACGGAGGUGCGAGGAUGGCGAGGGCUUCUGGUUCUCACGCCUCCCGGCCCAGCCAGCUGGAUCUUGACAGCGAGGAUAACAUGUUUGCUGAUCUCAAGAGUGGCAACCGGGGAAGUGGGGCGUCCAAUACGACCAAGGCCACAUCGACUGAUACCUCAUCAAGGCACAGCAAUGCCUCGACUGCUCCCUCUUCGACGAACCUCGAGGGGCAGGACGAUCCCAAGCAUUAUCACAAGAAGGCGCUGCACGACUUUGGCUCUCGAAACGCCCCCAAGUCGAGCGGGUCCGGCUUUCUGAACCGAGCGGGUCGAACUUUUUCUUUUGGCGUCCAGAAAAAACACAACGCCUCCGCCCCAAAGAACGAGAUCCCCGACGUACCGCCCGUUCCUUCGAUCCAGCACGACGACUUCAGUGGAAGAUCCAGGGGCAUGACCGAAUCUACGACCAGCACUGCCACACCGCCCAAGUUGGAAAACGGAGGGAUGGAUCUCGGCGGAGAUUUUGGUUCCAUGUUCAGCACUUUUGACAAGAGGGCCAGCGUAGCUACCUUGAAGACCGAUGGAUCUGCCGCACCUCGAUCCUUGACAGGCAACCGCCCAGCCCAGCCCGCGCCCCUGAGCAUCAACAAGACGGCCAAUGUCGAACCCGCUCCCGAAUCAUGGAACAGCCGCACUUCGGAUGACAAUCUUCUCGGUUCCACCCCGGCAUCUCCGGAAAUCGACGUGCCGCCACCUGUGCCACGCCACCAGAGUUCGUUCAAGACCUCGAACCGCCCGUCCGAUAUUAUCGAAGAUGAGGAUGCCAGACUCCUGCAGGAUUCCAUCGCGGUAGGACGUAUGCUAUCGGAUUCCAACCCUCCCUCUGGCCGUUACCGACGAGAUGAAGACUCCUUUUCAUCAUUCACCAGGAAGCCUCUCACUUCUAGCUUCAAGAAGGGCGAUGACAACAUGUUUGAAGGAACCCUGGCGCACUCGUCACGCAUCGCCAAUCGAUACACCUCGCGAGCCCCCAGUCCCCCACGAAACAAGGUCAUGACUCCUGCUCAGUUUGAGAAGUAUCGGCAAGACAAGGAGAAGGACUCGAACGAGACCGCUCACCAAGCGACCGCCAAUGACGAUGAUGACGAAGAUGAGAUCAACUACGACGACGACGAAGAUGAAAUCGAAAAGUCGAAGCAGCAGGCGAAGCAGAGGAGAAAGCAGGAGGCCCACAUGGCCGUUUACCGACAACAGAUGAUGAAGGUGACUGGCGAGCAGCCCGAGAUGCACCCGCCUGACCGCCCUGGACUGGCCGCUUCGAUGAGCGCACCCCAGCUGCACCUCAUGAAGAAGACCCCAUCUCCAGGACCUCCCACUGGCAUUUCUGACGAAGAUGACGAUGACGAGGUCCCCUUGGCCAUUCUGCAGGCUCACGGUUUCCCUAAUAAGAACCGGCCUCCAACCCGGCUAAGCAACAUGGGUUCCAAUCCAAACCUGCGCGCAUCUGCCUCGCUACAGCCCCCGAGACCUGGUUCAGCUAUGGGCGAAAACUCGACUCAGCGACACUCGAUGCUUCCUGCCUUUGCACGAAACCUCCCUCAGGAUCCGUUUGUUGGUGCCAGCAUUGCGAAGCCUGCUGUGCGGGAAUCGUUGACCUUCAGUGGCGGUAUCCCUGCCUCGGCGGAGCCUCAACAACAACAACAACAGGGUCCCCUCCCUCCUGGUGGUCUCGUUGGCGUGAUUGCCAACGAGGAGCGAACGAGGGCCAUGCGCCGUGGUGGUGCAGCAGCAAAUGGCGCCAAACUUAUUCCUGGUCUGAAUGCGCCACAAGGAUCCUUUGAGAACCCCAACGGUUUGAUAAACAACGUAGGCAACGGUGGUGGAAUUGGCGGUGGGAUGGGCGGCAUGUACAACAUGCCCACUAUGGGAAUGUCGCAGCCCAUGCUUCAGCCCAUGCCUCCACCGCAGCUCACUGUGGGAGAUCAGGCUCAACUCCAGAUGACCCAGCAGAUGUCGCAAUUCAUGCAGAUGCAAAUGCAGUUCAUGCAGAUGAUGGCAACCAACAACCAGCAGCAGCAGCAGAACGGCAUGGCUCAGUUGCAGCCACCAUAUGGCGGACUGCCCGCCACGCAGUCAAUGAACGAUCUUUCAUCACGGCACUCAAUGAUGUUCGAACCGGCUUUGGAGCCCCCUCGCCGCAUGGACGCUGGCAUGCGCACCAUGAGCAUGGUCCAGCCCAGCUCGGCUUCUUUUAUGCAGAUGCCACCUCCUGCUGGAUAUGCUGGCUCGAUUGCCGGAGGACUGCCGAUGGGCUAUACUCCGUCGAUUGCGCCGUCUGAGCGAAGCAACAUCGGUCUUCCUGGGCGCUACCGACCCGUGUCUCAAGCUGUUGACCCUAUGAUGGCCGAUCCCCAUCGCCGGACCAACACCAUGUCUGGGGCACUCGGCCGGUGGGAUGAGACCAAGUCCAAGUCUACCAUCAACGUAGUCAACACUGCCAAUGACGGGUCAGAUGACGACGAUGAGGAGGGUUGGGAAGCCAUGAAAGCCAAGCGAGACAAGAAGCGAACGCUUUGGAAGAGCAAGAAGGGAUUCGGGAGUGAGCUAGGCACGAUGAUCUAG